CUCUGGGUGAGCAACGAAGCUUUCAAACUGUUUGUUAGGUAAUCUAUUGCAACUCGGAUCCUGACAACUCAUCCGUUUAAAUUUGAUUGUCGGACAGGUUGUUGACACCUUCAAGGCAACUGUAAUUAGUGAAUUUUUUUUGUUACUGUGCAUGAUUUGUUACCUUAUCUAUAGAUUGUUUCAACUCCCCAUUGAGUGAAUAAUAUACCGGCAUUUUACUUUCAGGGCCCGUGUUAGCAGACGAAUUUGACAGACAAAUAUGUAUUGUGCUCGAUUUAUCAACCCUGCCACCAGAUGUGUGGUUUCAUCUGGAAGCAGAGCAGCACUUAGACCAUUAGCAGUUUCAUCUGUAAAUACUGAACAAUCACAAGCAGUAUGUAAUUUAUCAACAUACAAUGGGCUCACAAAUAACACCAGUAGUAUGUUAAAUCAACUACGAAGCUUUCAGACUAGUGCUAUGAGACGUGAUAUUGAUCAAGCUGCCAAAUAUAUUGGAGCUGGAGCUGCCACAGCUGGAGCUGCUGGUUCAGGAGCUGGUAUUGGAAGUGUAUUUGGAAGUUUAGUCCUUGCUUUCGCUAGAAACCCAUCAUUAAAACAACAGCUAUUUUCAUACGCCAUUUUGGGUUUUGCCUUGUCCGAGGCUAUGGGUUUGUUCUGUAUUAUGAUGGCAUUCUUAUUCCUGUUUGCCCUUUAAUUUAACACUACAUUAGAAUAUCAGUUUGUUUGAAAAGUUCGUGUAUAAAUUACAAUGUAAACAGAUGGUGUGCAAGAUAAUAUUUACAUUUUAGUGGGGCCCAAAAUCUUUUCACUUGACAAAGCUUGACAGGAAAAAAUGGAAACACUUGGAAGAUAUCAUAAUAGAAGUUGUAAUAUAUAUACGAGAAAUUGUAAACAAAUUGUGCAUAAAUUAAUUUACUAAAACCAGUGGCUCGAUUUUUAGACUAUUGUUGGAAAAAAUGGAAAUAAAUUAGUUAAUAACUUUCAAAAGGACCAACAUACCCUCUAGUUUUCAUUUACUGUGUCUAAAUUGAUUGGGUUCUGGGACCCUUUUUUUCAACUGAAAGCAUGGUCUUCUGGGGUGUCAUGUUGAGCUGGCCUUACCAGCAUCUUCAAUGGUUUUUGAAACUGCUUGGAGCAUCAUGACAGUGGAAGAAUUUUCACUCUUAUCUACAGUGUGGCAAGGAUCAUGAACCACAAAUGUAACCAUGUACUGUCCUUGAUGCACCAGUUUGUCUAUAGAUGUUCAAGAUUGAUCUAAUCAUUAGCCUGUUAAGAGUUACUUGCAUCAGAUUCAGGUUGGAAAAAAAAGUAUUAAAUUAUCACUUCAAAAACAUAACCUCACAGUUAAGAGGUACCUGAAGUGAUCAUAGAUUUUCUUUUUUUUUUUUGGACCUGAUCUGGUGCCUGUAAGGGGAUUCCAAAAAUUAGACUGGUCUAAUCUGAUCUAAUAGUGAAGUUUGGAAUGCUAUUUAAAUUUUUAUCAAAGUACCUGUCAAUCUGAUCAUAUUUCCUUGUUGAGGCUCUAGUAUGAUCUGGGCAGUCCGAAUUUGAUUUAACAUUUUCAUAUAUUGAAGUGUGUGGUUACAUAACAAAAUAGCAGUUUGUGACAGUAUUAUUUUAACCCCCUAUUACCCUGAUCAGAAAAUGCAAUAGGUCCUUUACCUUCAGUUGUUUUUCCUGAUAUAUGGUAAUAGGGCUAUAACUGCAGUUUUCAACCAAUGCUGUAUGUCAAAUUCUAGAUACUUGUCAAUAAAUAAAAGCAUAAUAUGCUUAUAUUAUAUGAUUUAAAUAAAUCCAAUUGUCUGGGAAAGGUACACCUACUAGAAAUCCUAUUUUUUUAUGAAAUGCAAUAAAAAUGAAAUUAU